CAGGCCCCGCCCCAGUUCUCGCGAGAUCUGGAAGGCGAAAAAUGGCGCCGACGUGAGCGCGAGCCCCCGGCCGUCAAAGGAAUUGCCGCAGCCUUAGCUGGAGCCGCUGGAACCGCGGGAACAAGAGGCCGAACGGGCCCGAGGAUGGAGGAGAAACCCUCGGGGCCCAGCCCGAACAUGCCGGCCACUGCAGAGCCCAGCUCCAGUGAGACCGACAAGGAGGUGGUAUCCCCAGUUGUGGCUGCUGUAGCCACCUCCUCUUCCAUGGGGGAGGAGCCAGGCUCAGACCGGGCAGCCACACCCCCACUGUGGGAACGUGGAGGGCCUGGAGGGACCCAGCAGGGUGCCUCCCCAGCCCCAGACAGUGGCCAUCCUGGCUCUGGACCCAGCCUUGGCCUGACCAGCACAGUCUCCGGGACCAGCGAAGACCUGCGGCUUCCCAGACGACGCCCACCACCAGGGAAGCAGAUACCCUGUUCCAGCCCUGGCUGCUGCCUCAGUUUCCCCAGCGUUCGAGACCUGGCACAGCAUCUGCGUACCCACUGCCCACCUACACAGUCCCUGGAAGGCAAACUCUUCCGCUGUUCGGCCCUGAGCUGCACCGAGACUUUCCCCAGCAUGCAGGAACUGGUGGCACACGGCAAGCUGCACUACAAACCCAAUCGCUACUUCAAGUGCGAGAACUGCCUCCUGCGCUUCCGCACGCACCGCUCGCUCUUCAAACAUCUGCAUGUUUGCGCUGAGCAUGCGCAGAGCCCAGCCCCACCGCCACCCCCCGCCCUCGACAAGGAGCCACCGGCGCCCGAUCGCCCACCGGAGUCCGACCCUGCGUCGGCGCCGGGCCUGUCGUUUCCGCUGCUCGAGCCAUUCAUGACUCCUGCUCCUGCCCCCACCGGGCCCUUCCUGCCCUACUUGAACCCCGCGUCCUUUGGCCUAAGCACCCCACGCCUGCGCCCCUUCCUGGCCGCCGCUCCCGUGCCGCCCGCCUCCAGCGCUGCGGUCUGGAAAAAGAGCCACGGUGCAGGCGGCAGCCCGCGAAGACCCCAGGGCGGCUCCGACGCGCCUUCAGGGCACGCGGCCCCAAGCCGCAUCGUGUGGGAGCACACGCGCGGCCGCUACUCGUGCAUGCAGUGCGCCUUCUCCACGGCCUCGCGGCCCGCCAUGACACUACACCUGGAGGACCACCGCCCCAUCGCCCCCGCGACCCCGGCGCCCGGGCAGCCGCGCCCCGACGCGCCGGCGGACCUCGUCCCGCUGGCACCCCAGAUGUCGCAGCUGCUGUCAGAGGGGGAGUGUCCGGUUUUCUCGCCGCUCUGAACCCAGCCGCGUUGGUGGGGGUGGGCUGUGGGAUGUGGGUAGUUUUGUAAUUUUAGGGGGGGUCUCAGAUGGUCGGAGUGGGGUACACAAUAAAGGAGGCAGAUGAGCCAGCC